CUUGCCUCUCCCUCCGAGCAGGACACACUCCAGCUUAUCGUGAGUGCAUUCGCUCUUGUUCUUGCCGCAGCCUCAUCUUGUUCGUAUCUCCCCUUCAUACCGGGCUAUCGCCAUAGCUCCCCUUUAGCUUCUUCUGCUAGACGCCAGCCUCCUACUCCACCCUUCUCUUCUCACGGCGCAGCUCGCGUGUGAUCAAUCGCAUCGAGUGCUGUUGUCAUCUUGUUCAUUCUCCAUUGCUGCACCUCCUUCUAAGCUAUCCGCGUCCCUCUCGUUCCUUAUUUGUCCCCUGUCUGACCCGAGGCCGCCAUGGCAAACAGCUUCCCUCGAUUGUCUGGUGCUUGUCAGGCAUCACGUCCGCCCAUCGAGCCUGCUUAUCCUGACUAACAGCGAUCCGGCCGCUGUGUGGGUGACUGGUUCAUCACACAUUAUCUAAUACCAUAUCCAUAGCUGCUAUAGCUGCGCUUCGACCAUGGACUCGUACACAAGCACCCGAGAGGAUUCUAGGCCGCCGGCUGACUCUUACCGACGACGUUCUCCCGCUCCCGGAGAUCGCAGGCCCAGGCGGCGCUCGCGGUCACCUCAGAACAUCGACAGAUAUCAACCGGAUCGCGCUCGAGACUAUGAUCACCCGCGCCGCGAUGGGGGCCGUCGUCGCUCCUCUCCUCCGCCCGUCCAAGCUGGCAUCGACCGCUAUGUUCCUGGCCAAGACAGCUUCGCCCCUACGUUCACGACCAACCCUAUACCCAACCCCAUGGGUCUCGAAUAUCAAGUCGGUUUCAACUACUUCGCUGAGUGGUGGCGCGUAGAACAGGUCAUGAAAGAGGAGAAGGAACGCGCAAAGAAUGGAGGCAGAAAACCUGUCCUCAAAGGCGAGCGCGAAGCCCGUGAGGAACGAGGCAAAGAGCGCGAGCUUAUCCAGGCCGCGUAUGACGAGUACAAGGAGAAACUCCAAGUGCAAAUGGCUAAGACCUUUGUGGACAAGCACAAGGGUGAGGAAUGGUUCAAAGAGCGCUACGAUCCCGAGUACGACAUGGCCUUCAAGGGAAAGCUGCGUGUCUAUCGUCAUGGCAUUUACACAGAUUGGGAACGGCAACUCGAUGAGGGCUACUUUGAUGAGUUUACGCUCGAGGGCAUCUACAAAAAUGACUCGAACGGUGCUGGCGGAAUCGUCGAGAAAGAGGAAGGCGAGACGACCGCAGCCAACGAAGUGCUCGGUGUAGGGGAUUUGCUUCCCUGCAAAGGCGGCGAGAUUCGCGAUGAAUCAGCUUUUCAACCUACCUUGUUGAUCAAGACCAUCGCUCCUACUGUCAACCGAGAGAAGGUUGAGGAGUUCGCUAAGGAGCACCUUGGCGAGGGACCGGGUGGCUUCAAGUGGCUCAGUCUGAGCGACCCGAACCCGUUGAAGAAAUGCCAUCGCAUUGGAUGGGUCAUCCUUCAUCCCAAUGACGAGCAGCCCAUGGUCAUCGAUGAUCGUGGUGAUGGGCGCGACGAUGAGGGAGAAGAUGGAGCCCUUGACGAGAAGCCCAUCGCAGUUCUGCAGAGCACAGCGCAGAAGGCACUUGAAGCAAUCAAUGGCAAGACUGUUGAGGAUGAGAAGCGUGGGAACUUCACGUGUCAUGUUGGCGUGCACGAGACUCCUGCAGCGCCUCGAAAGAAGGCACUCUGGGAUCUCUUUUCGGCUCCCGAAAGAAUCGAACGCGACCUGGAACUGGCCGAGAGAUUAGUCAGAAAGCUCGACAGUGAACUGAAGGCGAACCACGAAGAAGAAUUCGGCGACAUCGACGGUGUUGCCAAGAUCGAACAACGCGUCGAGGAUCUUCGUUCGAAGGGCUGGCUGCAACCUCCGGCCAACGCCCCUGCGCCACCUAAGAAAGAGCGCGACCCCGAAGAGCUCGAGGAGGGCGAAGACGAGGCCAUGGAGGACGAGGACGGCGCCUAUGAUGAAGAAGUCGACGAUGAAGAUUUGCUCGUCAGGAAGAAGAAACUUGAUCUCCUGAUCGAGUAUCUUCGACGCGUGUACAGCUUCUGCUUCUUCUGCGUGUUUGAAAGCGACUCAAUUCAUGAGUUGGUCCGCAAAUGCGCAGGAGGUCAUCUGCGACGCCCUCGUGCCAGCCUCACAACAGCAGCGAAGGCUACUGCAAGGGCGACCGCUACAGGUGAGGCUUUCCCGUACAAGAAGCAAGAGUCCGGCGACACCGAGAACGGUGAUGGCAGCCCCGCCACUGAGCGCAAGCCAAUGAAGUUGAGCGGCAAGAACCAGCAGCAGCUACAGCGAGCGUUCAACUGGGUGAAGACCUACGAGGAGAAGUUGCUGCAGCUGCUGGAGCCUGAGAAUGUGGAUGUCCGUAAGCUUGGUGGCAAGCCGCUCGAUGAGGCCAUGGAAGACGAAUUGGCGAGAUACUGCAAGCAAGAAGACGAGUCUAAAUGGCGCUGCAAGGUCCCAGAGUGCACAAAACUGUUCAAGGGUCAGGUGUUCUGGCGCAAGCACGUCGAGAAACGUCAUGCGGAAUGGCUUGAAAAGGUGCAGAAGGAUCUCGAAUUGGUCAACAGCUAUGUCAUCGAUCCUGCGCACAUUGCCCCGUCACGCAGCGACGCCAACAGCAAUGGCCAUUUCCCCAUGGGCAACCACGUUCAGGCAACGGGAACGCCGCGUGGAUUCAACCUCGCCAAUAUGAAUAUGGCCAUGUCGAGCAACGGCAUGCCAAAUGCGAUGAGCGUCGGGAACAUGUUUAACCCAGCCAUGGGCGGCAGCUGGGACCCCUCACUCGGAAGCCACGAUGCUGGAGCGAUGCGCCGCGGCGGCCAGCGAUUCAACACCCGUACUGGUCCCUACGACAGGCAGAACCGCGACCGUCGCAAUGGUCCUGCUGGCGGCAACGGGCGUCUUACGCCUCCUCCACGUGGCGGACGGCCUGGUCCGCAACGGUACGGUGACGGUGGCCCCGGACCUCUGCAGUCGACACAAGGUCGCCAGAUCAAGAGUUAUGAAGAUCUUGAUGCUGUUGGCGGAGGUGGCAGUGGUGAGUUGAACUACUAGCUGCAUCAGUCCUUCAGCUGCGAGAGGCUAGGAGCUGGCGGAUGACUCGAUCAUAAGAUUGGCGUUGGGGUCGAGGGUUCCAAUUUGUAGGCCAGUCUGUCAUUCGAUCUACUUAGGACAGGCAAGGCAUGGAUGGGAUGAGGCAAGGCGUUCUUGGUCUAGCAUGUGUAGCUCCACUUCAGUGCAUGCGUGUAACUUGUACUCAUCAAAUCUGCGUGAUACAUAAUUAAGGCAUCACGAUAAAGUACCUGCUUGUUGCUUGCAUCGAUACUGCUGCGGCG